AGCGGAAGUACGGUGAAGUUUGUUUAUGUUGUGUUGUGUUUUCGAAAUCUUCGCCAAUGUAAUUGUUUCAGCUGAGUUUCUGUUUUCGUUUCUUGUGUGACAUCGGAAAGGAUCUACUCGACAAAGUCGCAUUCCUCGACAAAGUCGCAUUCCGUGUAACUCAAUUUGCUGACUGCAUUUCUCAGUGUAAAACAACGUGAUAUUUCUCCAAUUAUGAUGCAAUUAAAAACAAUGAAGCCUACCAAGGAUUCCAAGAAGGAAUUUGCUUCAGCAUCCAAGAUCAAAAAUAAAAUGCACAACACCUCCUCCUUCUUCAAGGUCUCAUUGAAGACCAACAACAAAGCCCUAGCUCUCGCCGUACAGGCUGAAAAGCAGAAGUCCAUGCUGCUACAGAAAGAGAACCUGCACCUGAGAAGGGAAGCACAGUCUGCAUGCUUUGAUUUGGCCACCAAGAAGCACAAGUACAGGAAAGUGCUCCUCAUCUUGAAAAACCUUUAUCGCAGUACGCUCCAACACAUGAACAUGGUAGCUGAAUUAUUCCCUGACAGCGUGCUCUUUGAACCAUCCGCGGACGACAACGUCCUCCCAACUGAUCCUGACAACCCUUCAAUUAAAAAUGUGGCACGAGAUCCUCCGGACGUUUCAAAGGAUUCAGCAGAACUCAGUCCAGAAAUACAACCAGACAGUCUUAAAAACAACAUGCCUGCAGUCUUACCCACUCUGAGCAGAAAUGUGUCCACUGGCAACGCAAAAACAGAUGACGGGAAAAGGAAUUCAAACCAGCAGACACUCCAGAUGGAGUCACCGCGCCAGUUCAACAAGUUAAGGGAGGAAGUGACUCGUCAGUCAGCUAGGUUCUCCCAGUCUGGUUACGACAGCAACUCUUUGCCGUGUCGACUGAGCAGCCCAACAUCUGCUGAAACACCGUCUCCCUCUGCUGAAGUCAACGCUCCUUGUAACCAGGCACCAGAAAGUUUGGACAAGCAUCCUAAAGCGGCUUCUCAAAGUAAGCUCACAUCGCGUCUUCCCAAAAGAGUGAAAUCCAGAGUUGGCGGCCAUCAAAAGGGAAGAAGCACCAAGUCAACAGUGGAUUCUUCUGAUUUUGUCUGUCCUGCCUUGGAUGAUGACGUCCUUUCCUUUGCAUCCAACCAGAACGAGAAGUUACCCGUAGAGAAGGAUUACUCGAAAAAAACAAGGUCAAACAUUACAUACAGGAAGUACACAAAGAAAAGUCAACGGGGGUCCUCGAUCAGUGUGACGUCAAUGUUGCCACCUCAUGACCGAGAGACUGGAGGCUCCAUGGUGGACCACAAUGAGAGGACAGACAGUUUUGCAACUGCAGAGUUGGAGGAACCAAGCCAUUCUACAGGUGAACCACAGGUAAACGACGAGUCUGCCCCAACCUCUCAAGGACAUCCCAACUCAAGGUGCAGAAAGACAUUUGUUAUCCACCAUCACGUAGAAGAAACCACAGAUGGACGUUCUGUCACACCAAAGCCAAGCUCGUGUAAGCGUCCUUGGGAGUCCACUCGGAAUCAAGGAAGCCUCCCGGUAAACUUGUCCGACAGUGAUGACAGGGACGACAUACCGCCACGGGAGGAAUCCUCGGCCGAUUAUGAAUUCCAGAAGCACAAAAAAGCAAGGAAGGAGGUUUCGAUGAGAUCCAACAGGGAAAAAUCACAUGUCAAUAAUGACUCGAGUGAUCAUGCAAAGAACAAGAACAACAAAAAACAACGCCAUGACAAAGGUGUUUGUCCUGAGGAGGAUGUGGUUUAUCUUCCGGAUCCUCCUGACUCCCCUUUCUAUAAUGUGUUUGCAUUCUUGGAUGAUCCUUAUGCACACAGUGAAGACAUACUUAAGUCAAAGUCCUGGGCAGAUAGGAAUUCUAAACGGUACCGUAAUACAUCCAAAUACACUCCACCAGACAACAGCGCCAGAAAUCUAAGAGAGACAUUUGUCGUUUCCGAACCGAAAACGCCUCCCAUCAACACAAUGACGAUGUUGUCCAAAGAAAUGACUGCGGAUACGGAUGAAGGUGAAGCACCUCGUCAGCAUUUGGGUGACCUGCUCACUGAUGAGACGCCACCAUGGAUGAACAUCUCAGUUGCAGACAUGGAGCCUGGCUCUUUAAAUUGUAGUCCAAAACAACGCGCCUCAAAGGGGCGAAAAGUGGUGGAGGAGACUACUGUGAUCACGCCAGUCUCUUCUCCAGCAAGUCGAGCCUUCAUGCCACUGACCAACAUCAUUUGUAACUCAGAGAAAGAGAACCAAGGGAGAGGCAGGAGAUGCAAGGGCGUCGUCAGUUACAAGGAGCCAUCCCUGAACAAAAAAAUACGCCGUGGAGAUAGAUUUACGGACAGCGCAUUCCUAGACUCUCCAGUUUUUAAAGGCUCUCAGAAGAAGAAGAAAAAGAAGUCUAUGUUGCAAGUGGCCAUUUGCAAAGACUGAUUUUUGCUUCUUCUUUACUUAAUUUUUUAAAAAAAGUUUUAUGUUGGUUGUAAUGCACAUUUUGUGUAUUUAAUAAACAUUUUACUGACUGUUUGUAUUGCGUCUGUGUUGGUUGGAGGCUGUUCAUAAAUGAUUCAGAGCUGCUUGUUCACCUGAGACAUUGCCUAAUGUUUCCCAUGUGAAGGUCACAUUCUGUCCGGUCUGGCUGGACACAUCUGUUUGAUGAGUACAAAUGUGUGAAUUUGCUUUGCAUAGGUUACUGUACUGUUUGUAUUUAUUCACUACGGGCAUUGCAAUGGGUGAUUCUGGUUUUAUUUUGCUCCAGCUUUGUUUUGCAUUUUUCUUUUAGCCCGUGUCUUGCCGUUUUCUGCAACUACUUUCCGUUAACCCAUAAAACAAGAAAAGACUCCCUGCCAAAAUGGAGUCAAAGCAUCUUAAAAGAAAUGUUGAAUUUCUCUUGUGAGUAUAUGCAUUUUGAUUGAAAGAAACUAUAAAAACUAAAUGUCAAUACUUUGUUUUCCUGAUCCCAGGGAUGAAUAUGUCGGGCAGAAAAACCAAGAGAAUUCUUUUGACCCUACGAGAAAAGGAGCCUCCACAGUGCUUGAUGACCUGGUAAAAUAAAAAUAGUCGCACCUUAGUGAAGACCAUCACCAAGGCCAAACAACCCUAAUUUCACUCAACACUGUUUUGUAAAUCGUAUGGACGGACACUUGGCUCCUGCACGAGCCAGGAUGACAAAGUACAUUUAAGAUCGUAAAUGAAAGUAACGUGCUCAUUGCAGUCCAACUGGCUUAAGUUACUCAACUGCAUGUCUCCAAUAAAGUGA